UCUAUUUAGAGUUACUGUUUAUUGUUUUUCCUCUUAUGGUUCACAUACUCGUAUGCCUACCUCAAUGGAAAAAAACCCUCUCAUGGGGAACACCCUCUAUAAAUGUUCUGGUUUGCCGUCAACCCCACGCACAGUCGCCACAUUCAACUCGAGUUUAGAACUCAAGACCCCUAGUGCUAUAAAACGAAAAGCCCCCAAUCUGUUAAGUGCGUCGAAAAAUUUAACAUUUUUAGAACAUUUUAGUAGCAAACAGUCAAUGAUCUACCGAAGCUGCGCGGCUUCAGUUGUGCCGAUCUGAAAAAAAAAAUUAAAAACUAAGUUGAAUUCAAAAAGGAAAAUGUUUGCAUUGAAGCUGUUGUUGUUGCUGCUGCAGCUCUUCUACCUCAGCUCAGCUCGACCUGGUUUUGAGAAUUACUCGACACGUCUGCUCCAACGUCACGGAGUGAAACGCGUUGACUUUCGCUUGGUGAGUCAACAGGAGGGCCUCUACUACACCGAACUGGACACCGCCAUGCGGGAUAUCCUGCUGCAAAUGCGGAAUUUGUCGCAGCAGACGGUGCUCGCCCAGUUCGAUUGGAUAAGGGCGAGAAAUGUUGAAGCUGGUCGCAUGCAGCUGCCGGUGUUGCAGAGCGAACCAUUUCCGUGUGAUCUGAGCGGGGGUCGAUCGCCGAAGGUACCCAAGGACGUGAGGCAACUGCGUCCCGGGGACAUUGAUAUUGUGGCAACGUGUGGCGACUCCUCCAACUCGGGCACGGGCAUUCUGGGCCUGGGGGAGCUCGAUGCGUUCGUGGAGUAUCGUGGCUAUGCCUAUACGGGCGGCGGCUUCGAGACCUGGCGCACGGCUCUGACGUUGCCCAACAUUCUGAAGCUCUAUAAUCCUCGGCUGUAUGGCUAUGCCGUGGGCCACAGCCUGGGCGCCGAUGUGAAUGUGGCGCGGUUCAAUCUGGCUGAGCCAAUGCUGAACAUUCAGGAUUUGCCAUUUCAGGCACAUGUGCUGAUCGAACGUUUUCGCCGAGAUCCCAGGGUCAACUUGCGGGAGCACUGGAAGCUGCUCAGCAUUCAGGUGGGCGCCAAUGAUCUCUGCUCGGAGUUGUGCCAUUCACCCAAUCCGGAGCACUUCCUUCGGGUUGUCGCACGCCAGUUGCACGAGACGUUUCGCAUUCUCAAAGAGCAUGUGCCGCGAUUGCUCAUCAAUUUUAUCGUUCAUCCGGACAUCGAUGAGCUGCUCAGUCUGCUCUCUCGAGCUCCGCCCAAGUGUGUCCAGCGUAUGCCCUAUUUCUGCUCCUGCUACAACCGUUACAAUGAUAACACAUUGUACGAUGCAGCGAAACGUUUUCUUCGCCUUCAGCUCUCCAUUGCCGCCCUGCCCGAGUUCCGUAGCGCCGACUUUGCCAUUGUGCCCCAUGGCAUACUGAGGAACAUCAGCAGCUUGUGGUCUGAGCAGGGGGUCAUGGUUAAGCAUUUCUUUGCCAACGAUUGCAUCCACUAUAGUCAGCUGGGCCAUGCUGUGCUAGCCAAGCAAUUGUGGAAUAAUAUGGUGGGGCAAGCGGACUUGACCUCGGUUGAGGAGUGGCGCAGGCCCUAUAAGCGUUUCCUGUGCCCCUCUCCGAAGAGGCCGUAUUUGAGAACCGAAAGUGAUGUACUCUAGAGAAAACGAACUUGUUUGUAUAAUAUAAUGAUUGAGGCAGCAGCACGUGUUAUUGACUCCACACAUUAACCUAGAACUGAACUCAUUUACGUAUACUUUGUUUAUAAUUCAUUUAUAAAUUAAAUGUUUAAAUAUCAUGUAUAUAAUAAUAUACAUAUAUAAUAAUAUUCCAUGGGGAUCAAAGCUAUAAGUACUCACAGUACUCACACAGAUCAGCUUCUAAAUUUUCUGAAAAAUGCGAACGAAUUAGUCGACAAGACUAAAUGAUCAAUGAAAGCCUUCUAGGAAGAGCAGAAUAGAUCUAGAAAAAAUAUUAUUAUUAAUUAUAAAGAAUCGAAAUCGGUAUUGAACAAAUUUUAUUAUAAAGAUUAAACAAAAAUUUUUUUUAAAUGAAAAAAAAAUAAAUAACAAAUACAAAUCUAAUAUAAGUAAUGCAUAUGAUAAUUAGUCAUCAAUUAAUUCAGGUAUU